AUGCACAUGAAAACUGUGCUCAUCCUCCUUGUUUUAGCUUUAGCCACGAUAUUUGCUUUAGUCUGUGUGUUGCUGACCAGAGGAAGGGCCCCCAGCACCUGCCAGCACCAGCCCCGGGAGCAGGAGGACGCCGAUGACGGCCAGAGCCUGGUCUUUGCCGAUCUGACACCCGAAGAGAUGGUGCAAGUGGUGCGGUACCUGCAGGGAAACCUUGGGGUGCAGCUGGUCGAUGCCUCGCGUGCAAAACCCUCCGACAACUGCAUCGCCUCCGUCGACGUGCAGGUCCCCGCCAAGGCAGAGGUGCUGCGGUUCCUGGAUGGUGGUGGGGCUCGCCCCCCCCGGGAGGCGCUGGCUGUGCUGUACUUUGGGAACCAGCCAGACCCCAACGUCACCGAGUACGUGGUGGGUCCGCUGCCGACGCCAGCGUAUCACCGGGACGUCACAGUGCAGAAGUACGGGGGGAAGGUGCCGUACCACCGCAGACCAACACUGGCUGUUGAAUACAAACAGAUGGCAGGGUUUUUAAAAAGCCAAGUGUUCCUCCUCGAUGCGUGCUGUGAGUCCGACGGGACUGACCUGGCUAUCCUCACGACGGCCCCGCGGGGCUUCAAGUCUGGCGAUCGCGCGACCUGGUUUGUCCUCUUCCACAGCAUGGCUGGCACCGGCUACUACCUCUCACCGGUGGGGCUGGAGGUGCUGGUGGAGCAUGGGGAUCUCCAUGUCUCCUGCUGGCGGCUGCACCAAGUCUUCUACAACGGCCGGUACUUUGCCAGCAUGGGGGAUGUGGAGGAUGCAUUUGUGGCCAACUUGCUGGAGGUUGUCAGGAUCAAGAAGCCCCAGGCCAAAGCAGUGCUGGGCUCGAUGAGACCCAGGCACCCACCCGGUUCCCCGGGACCGCUGCAGUACGAGCCCCAGGGUCCCCGCUACAGCAUCAGGGACAACCGCGUCACGUUCCAGGGCUGGAGCAUCACCUUUGGCAUGAACCCCAACUCCGGCCCACGCCUCUUUGACAUCAGGUACCGUGGGGAGAGGAUUGUCUACGAGCUGAGUCUCCAGGAAGCCUUAGCCCUGUACAGCUCCAACUGCCCUGGGGGCAUGUCAACCCGCUACCUUGAUGGGAGUUUCGGCAUCGGCAGGUUUGCCUACGAGCUUGUCCGGGGCCUCGACUGCCCCUACACGGCGACCUACGUGGACCGGCACUAUCUGGCAGAGUCAGAGACCCCCAAAACCAACCAAAACUCACUCUGCAUUUUUGAGCAUGACGCUGCCCUCCCUCUGCGGCGCCACUUCUCCGACUCACAGUCCUUGUACUAUGGUGGGCUGCGGAAAAACACGCUAGUCAUCCGUGCCAUUUCCACUCUCAUCAACUACGACUACAUCUGGGACUUCAUGUUCCACAGCAGCGGGGCCGUGGAGGUCCAGGUGCACGCCACUGGCUACAUCAGCUCCUCCUUCCUCCAUGGCCGAGGCACCGACUAUGGCAACAGGGUUGGGCCCCACACACUGGGGACUAUGCACCUCCACCACAUCCACUACAAGGUGGACCUGGAUGUCGACGGGCAGCUGAACUCUCUGGAGACCCAAGACAUGGCAUACGAGCUCGUGAAAGAUCCCUGGAGCAUGCAGAACACCAUCGAGCGGCCAUACCUCUGCAGGAAGAGGCUGGAGAGGGAGGACGAGGCGGCGUUCCCGCUCAAUGCCCCCAUGCCCCGCUACAUCUCCUUUGCUAGCCCCAAGCCGAACAAGUGGGGACAUCCACGCAGCUACCGCAUCCAGAUCACCAGCUUUGCCGGGGAGCACCUGCCCACCAGCAGCCCCAUGGAGAGAUCCAUCAGCUGGGGCAGGUACCAGCUGGCUGUCACACGACGGAAGGAGGAGGAGCCCACCAGCACCAGCAUCUACAACCAGAACGACCCCUGGACACCCACCAUUGUCUUUGCCGACUUCAUCAACAACGAGACCAUCACCAAUGAGGACCUGGUCGCCUGGAUCUCUGUGGGGUUCCUGCAUGUCCCCCACGCCGAAGACAUCCCCAACACAGUGACCGUGGGGAACGGCAUUGGCUUUUUCCUGAGGCCCUACAACUACUUCGAUGAGGACCCCUCAGUGGACUCGCCCGACAGCGUCUACUUCAGCAGCGAGCAGGACGUCAGAGCAUGUGGAGCCAACCCCCUCGCCUGCCUGCCCCCUGCCAUCACCUGUGCCCCCCACUUGCCACCCUUCCACUAUGGGGGCUUCCUCAACCUCAGCCUGGCCCCGCUGCCCGGCGGGCUCUGA